AAUCUAUAGAUAUGUGUGUAGGGCAUAUAGAGAGAAUUUGUGCAAUUCCGUAACCUCUACGUUCUAAACAUUGGUAGAUGUUUAAGUUUUAACAUAUUAUAUCACGACGGCAUAUUUAGUAGAAAGCUCGUUUUAUAUUUGGUUUGUUAGAAUACAAUGGUGAUGGAAGAACAGGAAACGGACAUGGAACUGGCCUCAGAAAGUAUACCGGUUCCCCAAGUGCAAGAACCGCAACUUGAUCCGAUCAAACGACCCAAAAGGUCGAAUCGCUCGAAUCAACCGAGAACGAGAAAAAAGUUGCUCUAUGCCUCGAUACGCAAACUGAUGGAAUUUUACUUUAGCGAUGCUAAUCUGAGUAAAGAUCGGUAUUUGUCAGCACGUAUAAAAGAAAAUCCCUAUGUGGAUAUAUCUACAUUUACAAGAUUCAACAAACUGAAUCAGUUAACCACAGACCCAAAUAGAAUAGCCAGAGCUUUGAGAGACUCAACUAUAUUAAAACUAUCUGAAGAUGGUAAAAAGGUCUGUCGUACAACACCAAUUAAAAGGAAGGAAGAUGAAGAACAAUGUACAGUUUAUGUACAAAAUCUACCUCCUGAUACUGAUCAUGAUUGGCUGAUAUCUCUAUUUUCCAAGUAUGGUACCGUGGAAUAUGUCUCAAUUCCUCGCUACAAGUACAACAGGGCUAUAAAGGGAUUUGCUUUUGUGGAAUUUGAUACACCCAGUAGCGCUCAAGAAUGUAUUGAGCAUUUCCAAAAGAAAGGACGUGUUUUACCGUCACAUACAGCUCCUACUGAUUUAUUAAGUAUCACUACAUUUGAUGACAAUCAAAAAGAUAAUUCAGAAGCCAAUAUGGAAACUGACGACAAGAAUAGCAAAAAAAGUUUAAAAAGGAGAAAAAGUUUAUCGGAAAAAUCGUCUUUUGUAGAUGAGAACGGCAUUAAAUCGAAGAAAAAAAGAAAGGAAAUUACAGAACAGGAUACAGCGGAUCAGCAUGAUGAAAUGGAAAAUCCGCUAAAAAUUCAAACGGAAGAUGAUGAGUGCGACGAUCGUAUUACCGAAGACAGUAAUACAGAAAAUCAAAAUAUUUCUGAUGAAAAAGUAGAUACGAAUAAAAAGAAUCUCAAGAAAAAGAAACACUCUUCCAAGAGCAUAGGUGAAAGUGACGUCAAAGAUACCGAAAACUGUAACGUGGAAAAUCAAGAUAGUUCUGAGGAGAAAACGGAUACUGUAGAUAAUAACAGAGAGAGAAAAAGAAGACAUUCUCCAGAAAACACAGAGGAAAGCGACGUCAAAGAUGAUGUUGCUACAAAUUUUAAUACAGACAAUCAAGAUAUUGGUGAGAAAAACCCAGAUACGAUAGAUAGUGUAAAAUAUCCGAAAAAAAAGUAUCGAUCUUCAAGAAGUACAGACGAAAACAAGUUUAAAAACAACAUUAAAGAAAUUAGAAACACAGAAAAUCAAGAUAUCUUCGAGAAGAAAACAAAUAUUGUAGAUAAUAGUCUGGAAGAUAACGAGAGAAGACAAUCUCCGGAAAAAGAAAAUGACGUGAAAGGUGAUGUUGAAGAUACCAACGAAGAAGAUCAAGAUGUUUCGACGAAAAACAUGAAUAUUGUAAAUAACAGUCUGAGAGAAAGAAAAAGAAGAUUCUGUCUGGAAAAUACAGAGAAAAUCGACGUCAAAGACGAUAUUACUGAAAAUUGUAAUACAGAAAGUCAAGAUACUUGUAAGAAAAGCCCGGAUACGGUGGAUAGUGGAAAAAGUUCGAGAAAAAAGAAACGUUUGUCAAAAAGCAUAGACGAAACCGAGUUCAAAGACAACAGUAGCGAAAACAUGGAAAAUUGUAAUAUAGAAAAUCAAGAAAUUUUGAAUAAAAAUCGCGCCAAAAGUGGAGAAAAGAAAAAGAAAAGAGUCUCGAUAAACAAUUCGAUAGAAACUAGUACCGGAGAAACGGUAAAAAUAGAUUCUCAUGGUAGACAUUCCAGAACAAGUAGCGAUAUAGAAGAAAAAGAAAUUAAGGUUGAUUCGAAGAAGAAGAAGAAGAAGAAGAAGAAGAAGAACAAAAGCGAGGAAGAUGAUAUCUGCAACCUGUUGGGAUUGCAGGUAAUGGCGAAACCAGAUUGGAAGCGUCUUAGAAACAAGUACUUGGAUUUGCAAAGAAGUAAAAUGUCGCUGCUAAAGCAGCACUUGAGAAAAACUGAGAUGGAAAGGGGAGAAAUCAUGACAAAGAAGAAAUGGAACAAUGACAAAACCGAACAAGAUUACGACAGAUUAAGAGAAGAAAAAAAUAAUGAGAUGGAAGUUACGGACGUGGAAGAGUCGUCUUACGGACGCGUUAUUUAUGCGCCAGGAAUUAUAGUGAAAAUUGAAAUGGACGAACCUUGCACAGAUCCGCAGAGGUUUAAGAUGGAAUUAAAAGAUAACGAUUCAAUAAAAUAUAUAGAUAUAGCAGAAAAUUCCUGCGAAGCUUACGUCAGAUGUGAUACACCGGAAGCUGCCCAAUUUCUCGUGCAAAAAAAUUAUGAAGGAAAACGUUUAACAGUUUUAAAAGACGAUGAAGAGAAAGCGUAUUGGGACAAAAUAGCACAAGAUCGGAAAGACAAGCUGAAUAAUAAACGUAGAGUCAAGCAAAGAGGGCGUCAAAAAUUGUUGAAAAAAGCAGAAAAACAACUAGGACAAUGUAUAAAAUUCGAUCAAGAUUAAUUUUUAAUUUAUUUAAAAAUUUAUUAAAUGAAUUGAUUCAUUCAUGCGUUAACAUGGUACAUUUUUACAUUUACAUGCUUUGCGCACCUAUGUAUAUUGGUAAAACAAAUGUACAAUGUUCAGUUCUUUGUAUGGUACAUGAUAUAUACGCAUUAUAUUUGAA